AUGAGGGUGCAGAGGAGCGCCGCGAGGAUGACCACCGCGUCCGAGUUCACUGCCCCGUUCGGCGGCUCGCCCCCACCUCCUCCGGUAGACGCUGCCGGUCCGGCCAGCGGCCGCCAGGAGAGUCUCGCCCCAGAGAUGAGCGCAUUCGAGUGUGCAAAAGUCCCCUAUUCCUUCUUCCCUUUUGCACACUCGAUAGGGCUCAUCUCUGGGGCGAGACUCUGCCGGCGGCUGCUGGCCGAACCCGCAGCGUCGACUGGAGGAGGUGGCGGAGAGCGGCCGAACGGGGCCGCGAACUCGGACGUGGUGGUCAUCCUGGCGGCGCUACUCUGCACCCUCAUCUGCCUCGUCGGCUGGGGCUUCAUGACGCGCUGCGCCUGCUGGUGCCGCUUCGGCAUUAGCAGCGGCGGCAAUGGCGAUUACGACCACGUAGAGGCCAACAAGGACCUCAAGCAAAAAGCCAUCCGCGAUAUUCCCGUCGGGGCCUUCGACGCCGGGGCCGGCAACUCCACCGACUGCGCCAUCUGCCUGUCCGAGUUCCUCACCGGCGAGCAGGUGAGGGUCCUUCCCCUUUGCGGCCACUGCUUCCACCCAUCCUGCAUGGACACCUGGCUCUCGUCCCACUCCUCCUGCCCAUCCUGCCGCCGCCUUCUCCUCUCCCGGAAGACUGCCGCCCCUUCCCCUCCUCCCUCGCCACUGCCUCCAACCGUCCGGAGGUGCCAAAGGUGCGGGUUGCCGGAGAAUUGCUUUCAGGCGCCCGCCCCUGAUGCCGCCGCCAGUGGCGCCGUACGGAGUGUCGACCAAGAGUCAAUUACAGAGAAGGUGAUCCAGUAA